AUGCUCGUCGGUCAUGCCAAGUCCCAUUGCCCUCAAAGACAGUGGCAAUGCCCCCAUUGUGAAACGACGGCCGCCUUCCAUUCAAAACUGAAACUGCACGUUCAAAACGCUCAUAAGAGCGACGCCGAACCUAUGGAUAUGUACUCAGCCGAAUUGGAAAACAAAUGGCUCGAACUGUUCCGGCAGUGCUUUCCGCAAUUCGCUCAGCAAUGUUACGUCGAAGAUUGGAAAUUCCGUUCGAAACAACAGCAACAUCUGCACAGUAUGUCAGUAGACGAAUGGAACACACGAGGUAGUCCUACCUGUUCUUCGGGGUAA